UUGCAAUAGAGUCGAUGCUGCGAAAGUUUCAGGUCUGCAUCAUUCGACUGUUGCAACGUUUUACACAAGCUUUACAGUUUGUGCACUGGAACACAACACCGUGUAGAAGGUGAUGCGUUAGCUAUUGUUGAGCAGCGCGAGAGAGUUCCCAUUUGGGCUCUUUUAAAAAGUUCUCACAUUUUCUUUUUUUUAAGUAAUAGUUUUUCAGUUUGGUUUUAGCUUUUCAUUCCGUUUCAGUUUCAGAGAGGGGAUUUUAAGUAUUUGUUUCGAAAAAUUGUGAAGAAAAAGUGAAGCCCAGAACCGCAGUGGGUCCAAAGCAACAUGCCGAUAAGGCGUUUUGGGGGUCACAGGUCUCUGGUGUCGCGCUCUGAAACGCCAAAACUCUCGUAUGGUUACUCGAAAAUGAAUGUUUCAAGAAGCGGAUACCGUGUUUUUUCUGCCAACUCCAGCACUUCCUCUACCCAGCUGGCCAAGAAGAUAACAGAACGCUUGGGUGUGGAGUUGGGCAAGUCUGUCGUAUACCAGGAGGCAAAUGCAGAGACCAGAGUGGACGUGAAGGAGUCUGUUCGUGGACAAGACAUCUUCAUCAUUCAGACCAUUCCCAGAGAUGUCAACACCGCCAUCAUGGAACUGCUGAUUAUGGCUUAUGCUCUGAAAACAUCCUGCGCUAAGAACAUCAUUGGGGUCAUCCCAUACUUUCCAUACAGCAAGCAGUGCAAGAUGAGGAAGAGGGGAUCCAUUGUUUGCAAGCUACUGGCCUCCAUGUUGGCUAAAGCCGGCCUGACUCACAUUAUCACCAUGGACCUCCAUCAGAAGGAAAUCCAGGGCUUCUUUGGUUUCCCUGUUGACAACCUGAGAGCUUCCCCCUUCCUCAUCCAGUACAUCCAAGAGGAGAUCCCAGAUUACAGGAAUGCUGUCAUUGUUGCAAAGUCGCCAUCGGCUGCAAAGAGGGCGCAGUCCUAUGCCGAGAGGCUGCGGCUCGGCCUGGCCGUCCUGCACGGUGCCGCUCACAAUUUAGAGUCCAGCAUAGCCGAUGGCCCGACCUCACCGCCGCCAGCUCGCUCAAAUGCUGGACACACCGGCCUGGAGCUGCCACCAAGCACAGGCAGCAGAUUUCGUGUCCCAUUUCCAGGGAUUGAGCUUCCAAUGAUGAUGGCAAAGGAGAAGCCACCCAUCACUGUCGUCGGAGAUGUUGGGGGAAGAAUCGCCAUUAUUGUUGACGACAUCAUUGAUGACGUGCAGGAGUUUGUUGCGGCAGCAGAGAUCCUGAAGGAGCGAGGAGCCUACAAGAUCUACAUCAUGGCCACACACGGCUUGCUGUCUGCAGAGGCACCCAGACUGAUAGAAGAGUCUGCCAUUGAUGAGGUGGUGGUGACUAAUACCGUGCCCCAUGAGGUCCAGAAGCUACAGUGUCCAAAGAUCAAGACUGUGGACGUGAGCAUGAUCCUUGCCGAGGCCAUCCGUCGCAUCCAUAACGGAGAAUCCAUGGCCUACCUGUUCCGGAACAUUGCUGUGGAUGACUGAGGCAACCACACACACCAAAUUACACUCAAUUACCAAGCAACGUGAGCACAUUUACUGCAUGCAACUUGAUGUAUCACUUACAGUAUCUCAUUAUUUCUUCUAUAUCAAGGGCAAAUAAAACUAUUGUUCUCGGGUGA